UCAUCAGCAAAGAGCAGAACAUUACCGUUCGAUACACACCACGACGACGACGACUACUGCCAAAGAAAGCAUCCUAGUGUUGUCGGUGCCAGACUAGCAAAACUAAGAAAAAGUGAAAAUUUCUAGUCGAAAUUCUUCGAUCCGCUUUAUAAAGUCUCCCGCGGGCUGGUUCGAUGGGUGAAAACGGUGAAUUUCGCAAAUAGCCAACGGAACAGUGUGCGGUGAUUUGUGCGAUGCUUGAGAAAAUAGGAAAAUCCAUCAUAGAGCAGCGUUAAGCAUUUCAGUGACGAAAGUAGAGGAAAGGAAGUGAAUAAACGCUGUAUACUUUCCGUAUUUUCCGCUUUGCUCGGGUUAAGUGGUUGUGUGUCGAUUGAUCGACGUGGAGAGGGGAAAUCAGAAGAUAAACGACAACGCGAUUUUCGACAGUCUCUGUACUGUGUAAAUAUCGAUUUUGUGUGAAAGUUUCGUCGAACUGCUGGCUCUGCUUUGCUGCGGGAGCCGUUUUCCGGACAUCAUAGCAAGCACCGGGACAGGAAGCACGUCACCAGGAUGCCAGUUAAAAAGCAAGAAGCACACCGAGCUCUGGAACUGCUCGAAGAUUACCACUCACGUCUGUCCAGCCCACAGGACAGAGCACUUCGCAGUGCCAUCGAACGUGUUAUAAGGAUAUUCAAGUCCAGACUCUUCCAGGCGCUGCUAGACAUUCAGGAAUUCUACGAACUCACUCUGUUGGACGACUCGAAAUCCGUACAGCAGAAAACGGCAGAAACGCUGCUCAUAGCGAGCAAAUGGGAACAGGAUAAUGCCAUCAAAGCGAACGAGAAUGGCACCAUCACCAACCAUAUCCCUGUCCUGAUGCAAACUAUCUUGAAUGGCCACCAAAAGCAGCAGCAGCAGCAACAACAACAACAACAACCACAACAGCAACAGCAGAACCACAACAAUCAAAGCAACCAAUUGCAGCGAGAGCAGCUUGAGAAUCAGGCCAAUCGAAUCAAGCAGCAACAAGAGCAACAGCAACAACAACAACAACAACAGCAGCAGCAACAACAGCAAGCACAGCAACAGCUUCACAAAGAGGAGGAAAAAACAGCGAUAGUUCCUACAAUCUUGGCCGACACGCCAUCACCAUCACGCUUCUCGGGAACCAGAGUCAACACAUCUAACUCGAAUGAUGCGAAACAGCUAAACGGUGAUGCUGUUUGGGAGUACGAUGAUAUUGUACUGGCCCGGGGCUCGACUGGGCUUGGAUUCUCGAUAGCUGGCGGAACGGACAAUCCGCACAUCAAUCUGGAUGCCUCGAUUUAUAUCACAAAGGUUAUCCCGGGGGGCGCAGCCUAUGCCGACGGACGGCUGCAGGUGAACGACUGUAUUGUCUCUGUUAACGAUAUGUCGGUAGUGAAUGUAACCCACGGAGAAGCUGUCGAUGCCCUGAAGAGAGCCGGCGAAAGGGUGACAUUGCACAUUCGACGGAAAAGGCCUCCGGCACAAGCGCCCAAACAGGAAGAAAUAGAGCUGAUAAAGGGUAACAAGGGGCUAGGAUUCUCGAUCGCCGGCGGAAUCGGUAAUCAGCAUAUUCCGGGCGAUAAUGGCAUCUAUGUAACGAAGAUAAUGGACGGCGGGGCGGCCCAUGUGGACGGUCGCCUCGCCGUUGGCGAUAAGCUAAUUGCCGUGCGGACCAGCGACGAGGAACGGAAUCUCGAGAAUGUGGUCCAUGAGGAAGCGGUCGCCACGCUGAAAGCCAUCACCAACAAGGCGACGUUAAUCGUGCAGAAGACCAACAUCCUGCAGGCGCUGGCCAACUCGAUUGGAAACUUGAACUCGCUGUCCACUAGUGCAAUGAAUCAGGUCGGCCAGAGUGUUGUCGAUCAUGCAGCGGUACUGAGCGGCGGCGGAGAGCUUCGAUCCCACUCGCCGCUGUUGGAUAAUAUGUCCUCACGCUAUGCGUCCUCGAAUCUGCUGGAGUCUGGCAUGCCGAUUGGAACGCCGCGAGCCGUUAGUCAUGAGGACAUUUCGAGAGAGCCUAGAACAAUAGUCAUACAGAAGGGCCCUUCAGGAUUGGGCUUUAACAUAGUCGGCGGCGAAGAUGGGCAGGGGAUCUUUGUGUCAUACGUGCUUGCCGGUGGUGCGGCCGACGUCGGAGGGGAAUUAAAGCGAGGCGAUCAACUGCUAAGUGUGAAUGGUGUUAGCUUGUCCGGUGCUUCCCAUGAGGAUGCUGCCCAGGCUUUAAAGAACGCUGGUGGCACGGUUACCCUGGUUGCGCAGUACCGCCCGGAAGACUACAACCGGUUCGAGCAGCGAAUACAAGAACUCAAGCAGCAGGUUGUGGCCGGAACUGGAACCUUGUUGCGGACCUCUCAGAAACGGACACUUUAUGUGAGGACACUGUUCGAUUAUGAUCCGAACCGAGAUGAUGGCCUACCGGGACGCGGGUUACCCUUCCGCCAUGGUGACAUCUUGCAUGUUACAAACGCUUCAGAUGACGAAUGGUGGCAGGCGCGGCGAGUGAUUGGCGACGAUGAGGAGGAAAGCAUUGGAAUUGUUCCUUCGAAGCGGCGCUGGGAACGAAAGCAGCGGGCUCGCGAUCGGAGUGUCAAAUUCCAGGGACAUGCCGGUGGAAACAUGGAAAAGGUUUCGACGCUUGAUCGUAAAAAGAAAAAUUUCUCUUUCUCGCGACGAUUUCCAUUUAUGAAGAGCAAGGACGAUAAGAACGAAGAUGGAUCGGAUCAAGAGCCGAAUGGCAAUGUGUGCGAUCAGAAUAAUCAUGAUUCAGAGCAACCUUUCAUGCUUUGCUACACACAAGACGAUGCAAACGCCGAAGGGGAAAUUAUCUACCGCGUGGAAUUACCCGACAUGGAGCAGAUAACUCUAAUUUACCUGGAGAAUAAUGAUGCUGAUUCCGAGGAAAAUAUCCUCUCCUACGAGUCAGUCCAGCGCCUGCAGAUCGGCUACACUCGUCCGGUAAUUAUUUUGGGACCGCUGAAGGAUCGCAUCAACGAUGACCUCAUUUCGGAGUAUCCGAAUCAAUUUGGAUCAUGCGUUCCUCAUACUACCCGACCGAAGCGGGACUACGAAGUUGAUGGCCGGGAUUACCAUUUCGUAGCAUCACGGGAGCAAAUGGAGAAGGACAUCCAGAAUCACCUGUUCAUUGAGGCCGGCCAGUACAAUGACAACCUGUACGGAACGUCAGUCGCGUCGGUUCGCGAGGUAGCCGAAAAGGGUAAGCACUGCAUCCUGGACGUGUCGGGUAACGCCAUCAAGCGGCUGCAGGUGGCGCAGCUAUUCCCGAUCGCAAUAUUCAUCAAGCCAAAGUCGGUGGAAUCGAUUAUGGAAAUGAACAGAAGAAUGACCGAGGAACAGGCCAAGAAGACUUACGAGAGAGCACUCAAAAUGGAGCACGAGUUUGGAGAAUAUUUCACAGCAAUUGUCCAAGGCGACACAAUCGAGGAGAUCUACAGCAAGACCAAGAACAUCAUCUGGUCCCAGAGUGGUCCAACCAUUUGGGUGUCGUCAAAGGAAUCUCUAUGACCUCAGGCCAACAUUACGUGGACGCUGCCACCGAACAUGCGCGCCAGGCCGGUGUCCCGCUCCGGUUAUCAUCAUUGACGGUAGCCGAGGCCAUCAUAGCCGCCGCCGCCACCACCACCAACACCACUAGCCCUACCACCAUGAUGUUGAUAACGAUGAUGAUGACGAGUUCACUCACACUCUCACACUUACCCAGCUAUACAGGGCAGACACUCAGCCUGUCAGUCACGGAGCGCAGCUGUGCGGAAACUAAUAGCAAAAGUGCUGCUAGUAGUUUAGAAAAUAAAAUAAAGAGCAAAACAUGUUGUUGUCUAUUAUUAUUUUUAAAUUAUAUAUAUAUUGAUGCGAGUACGAGAGCAUGGCGAGUAAGAUUUUAAAAGAACAUUUGCAUAAAUAUGGGAAAUUUAUUUAAAUUAUUUUGUUCGAGAAUAAUAAACCUAUUAACAAUUGAUGAAUGUUUAUUAAAUCAAUAUAUUUAUAUAAAAGAAUAUAUAUAAAAUUAAUGUAUCUAAUGAAAUAUGGUUAAAACUGAAUGAAAGUAAACACAUUGAACAGAUCAUGUAUAUUAAGGUAAUAACGUCUACAGAACUCAGUCGCGGACGGGUCCGUGAACCGCAUCAACACUUGAAAAGUCUGGUUGUUGGACUCUAACAUGUAUCUAGUACUGUGCUUCAAAAUUGUUACAAAUUUAGCGAGAAACACUAAGGCUAGUAGAAAGCAAAUAUAACCUGCACCUGUCCUAAAUAACAAUUGGUUGGAAAAAGUAAACGAAACGCAUUUAACUAGAGGAAUCGCCCAAAAGCCGAACUCACGAAACAAACAAAAAAAAACGAUCCGCGUCAGAGAACGUUUGAUCCAGUCCAGAGUCCUCACAAAUAAGUAGUCUAAUUUUUGGACAAUCAAAUUUCCGGCAAUUCUCAAAGCUAUAAUCUAUUACUAGAGGUACGAUUCAAACCAUUAAAAACUCGAAAUAUGACACUUUGUUUUAGUAGGAGUAAACGGUUUUAUUUAUUGUUUUAAUUUGCACCAACUCACUCACAAAUACAAAAAAAAAACAUAAAACCCACACCCUGCACCCACAUUGGAACAUUGAUAAAAAGCUCACAAAUAGAAAAGCGAAAAGUAAAUAACACCAUUCAUUUUAUGUUUUAGUAAGUAAGUAGUCGAUUAAAGAUGUAUUAAAUCGUCACCGGCUUGAGCUCAUCUCUGAAAACAAAACAAAAAAAAACAAAUAAAUUCUUUUCCCGUCGCAGUCCGUGCGCAAAAAGCAUCUCUCAAUAGGCUCUGUUGUGUAAAGAUAUCGGUAAGCAAGUCAUCGGUUUUAAAUGACUUGAUGAACUUCGUGCCAAAAGUUUACACAAACUCUCAGUACAUUCAAUUUCGAACAUAAAAUAGCCAAAAGUCGCGAGCCAUAGCCCGGAACCGGUCAGUCAGUAUCUGUAACGUGAACGAUGUGUCAUUAGUUCUCUCUUCCUCUACCUUCCACUGCAGUUUAAUGAUUGAUCGUCGCCAUGAAAGGACGAAGCUAAAACUUAUUAUAUCGUUAGAACAAAAUGUUUUUUCAACAAGCAUAGUUCCAAAUCGAGCUGUAAAACCCAGUUAGUAAAGCGAACAUCGCUCUAGUGCGACACCAUGAGAAAAUUUAACUAGAACCUGCAACACUUGCAUGAAUUACAUUAGGAAGCUGCCUUACGAAAAAAAAUCCCUUAAAAAUUUUAUAACGAAAUAUGUAAGAAUGCCGAAUGGUUUAAGUUGUUCAAUGAGCCGAAAGUUAAUCAAUGAUAACUGUGUAAAUAGGGAUUCAAAACAUAGAAUCGGAAAAAAUUAAAAAAAGAGGAGUAAAACAAAAUUUAAAUCAUAGAAUGAAGAGAAUAAACUCGUUGAGAGAUAUUUCCGAUUAGUAGGAACUCACUCAUACACACUCACACAUCUUGUGUCGAAAAGAAGAAGAGUUGUUUACUUCUUGUAAUUGCAAUAAACGCGACAUUACGUAAAAAUAGGUUUGUUGCCAAUCGUU